UUGCCUGGAGAAUUCCAAGGUCAAAGGAGCCUGAUGGAUUACAGUUCAUGGGGUUGCAAAGAGCUGGACACAAUUGAGUGACUAACAUUUUCAGAGAGAAGGAAAAUUACAUAAUUCAGAAACUCAGAUCUACGUAAAAGAAGAACAUCCAAGAAGGAAUAAGUGAAGGAGAGAGCAAGAGCCGUUAUAUUGAAGAGGAUGGACUGCAGGUCAGAUCAGUUGCCCUGGUGGCUGGAAGGGACAACCCCAGCAGGCUCUGCGCGACCAACGGCCCAGAGGUGCGCGCAUGCGCACGAGGACAUCGCUGGCUCCCGGGCUCCAGGUAUUCUCAUAUUUUCUAUGAGUAUCAGUCUCUGUAGUCUUCACCAGCAAUUGUGAUUUAAGCAGUUAGUAAAAGAGAAGAAUCAUUAGCUAGAAGAAAAUGUCAAAUCUAAAAAUGAAAGAGGCAGCCCUUAUCUAUCUUGACAGAAGUGGAGGCCUCCAGAAGUUCAUAGAUGAUUGCAAAUACUACAAUGAUUCAAAACAAAGUUAUGCUGUCUAUCGAUUCAAUGUUUUAAUAAAUCCCUCUGAUAUUGUUGAAUUGGAUGCUGAACUUGGAAAUCACAUUUUACACCAGCCUUUAAAAGCUGCUCAAGUUUUUCAAUCAGUCUGUUAUAUUGCUGUUAAGACUCUCUCACUAAUUGGACAGUUGCAGACUGAAACUCAAAUUAAUAUAGUGCUGAAGUUAACACAUUUACCUCCUCUGCCAAGUUAUUGUCUUGAUCUUUGUGAGUUUCCACGUGAUUAUACAUCUCAAAGAUUUUAUACAAUGCAAGGAAUUGUGAUUGCAAUGACAACUGUAACCAAGUAUACACAAGGUGCAAGAUUUCUUUGUUCAGAUGAAGCAUGCCCUCUUUCAAAAGGAUUUCAGUAUAUAAGAGUGCAUGUACCUGGUGCUACAGAAUCUGCAACAGUAAGAAAUGACUUUUUGUGUAAUCUAUGUUCAUCUUCACUUCAAGAAGACAGAAAAUUUAGAGUACUUGGUGAUAAACAGAUAGUUGAAAUAAUUACUGCAAAAUCACUUCAUGCUUUUCAAGGAUGUUGUAACAACCAGCCAUUUAGGUUUCAAUCUCUUACAGUCUUCCUCAGAGAUGAAUCAGUGAAUAAAAUGAAUAUAGGAAAUGAGUAUAAGGUUAUUGGAAUUCCAGCCUGUGUAAAAACAUCACAAACUGCUAUUUGUAUAGAAGCAAAUAGUAUCACUUUUUGCAUUCCAAAAGUUCCUUCAGGAGUUAGUGACAAUUUCAGGUGUCUCCUCUCUCUGACUUCCAGCUCAUGCUGGAAGUUUACAGCAAUACUUGCCAACAUCUUUGCAUCACAGAUUGUUCCUCCUGGGACUUACAAUUUGCUCAAGCUAUGUUUGCUGAUGAGUCUAGUACAGACAAGUGACCGUAACAAGGAACUGGAAAAUUGCUUGGAUAUUUUAAUUGUAACAAGUGAUACUAUACUCAUAGACAGGCUUUUGAAUUUUAGUAUAAACCUUGUGCCCCGUGGUAUACGUCAUUCAGUCUCUACUGAAAUUUUCCCUACUCUAUCCAGGAAUAAGUAUGGAACUGGAGCAGUUAGCAUUCAAGCUGGCAGUGCUUUGCUAGCUAAAGGUGGUAUCUGCUUUAUAGGAGACUUGGCUUCACACAAAAAAGAUAAACUUGAACAGCUCCAGUCAGCUGUGGAAAGUAGAAGCAUCACAGUCUACAUCUCAGGAAAAAAGUUUGGGGAUGAUGUGGAUCAACAAAUGACUUUUCCAGUUCAGUGCAGUUUUUGGUCUUUUCUUGAUAUGGAUUCACCUUCAAGGAGAAAUAUACAGAAAACCAAUAUGCUAAUUGGUCAGAUGGAUUGCAGUUUAAUUCCAGCUAAUCUUGUAGAGGCAUUUGCAUUAUUGAUUAACUGCAAUGAAUCAUCUCCUUGCCACCCACUUCUUCCAACUGUGCAACAUACUUUAAAGAAAGCCAUUGAUCCUGAAGGGCUGCUUUAUUUAGCUUCUAAACAGUUCACAACUGAAGAUUUUGAAAAGCUGCUUGCUUUUGCAAAGAAUUUGAAUGUGGAAUUCAGCUUGGAGGCAGAAAGAAUGAUUCAUGGAUAUUACCUAGCAAGUCGCAGAAUCAGAACAGAUUCUAUAUGUGGAUCAAAACUGCCAGCAUCUGCAUUAAAAUAUUUAGUUUCCCUAUCUGAAGCCCAUGCUCGACUGAACUUAAGGAAUAAAGUGCUUAAAGAAGAUGUACUAAUUGCAGCCUUAUUAUUUGAAACAUCUCUAACACUGAAAUAUGGGGCCGCUGUAUUUUGUGUUGCUCCAAAUGCAGUGUUUCCAUUUGAACAGUAUGAUGAAGAAUAUUUAGAGCAAAGGGAUGUCUAUCUGACUGAGUGCCAACAACAGCUCCAACAGUUUAUUGCCACAUAUGGACCUGGGACAGCUAUUUUUGCUAGUGAUGAAUAGGCAGUCUGAGGAAAUGUUUUUCUUCAUUCCUUUUUAAGCAAUGGAAAAAAGUGUGAAUGAUUUUGAAGUAAUGCUUCAGGCAAUCUUGUGUGUAGGUACAAUAGAAUGUACCUACAUUGUGUAGGAUAUAUUAGAAUGUCAUCUUAAAAAAUAUAAAAUAUGAUUUCUUCAAAUUGUUAAUGGAAUAAACACUAAUCCAAAUCUCAAAGCCAGCAGCAGAAAUUUAUAUUAGAAUUUUAUUGAAAAAAAAACAAACUUCUGGUUAACCUAGUAUACCAGUGGCCCACAGAUUAAAAUAUAAAUAAUGUUACAAACUAAGAAAUGAAAAAAAAGUAAAUACAUACUACGCUAUACAAUCUACAGCUUAUUGAACCAGAGGAUGUGGAACCUUGGAUACAAAGGGUGGACUAUAAAGCUAUACUUGGAUGUCUGAUGCUGAGACGGGUUGGUG